UGAAUUCCUGCUCUCUGCACGGACUGCUCUGUGACGAACUGCUUGGUGGCUCUGUGGUUUCCCAGCGGACCGUGAACGUACCUUCCGUCAGUUGGAGCUCCGCUCUGCGUCAACAGCCGCUCCGGUACAGGACAGUCUUUUCCUGUUGGCGUGUGCUGAGUCACUCCUUCACCUGAGUUUUACUGACUGCCUGUCCUUGGGCCUCCACUGAACCUCCAGAUUUCUCCAUCCACAGCUGCACCAUGAGUGUAUGAUGUCUGAGAGCAGUUGCUAUGGCCUGCAGCAGCGGUCAGAACAAUGCAGAGACUCUGGAGGGGUUCCACGAGGUGAAUCUGGCCUCGCCCACCACACCUGACCUUCAGAACCAAUCGGAUCAGCGCCCGGCCAUCCGUCACACCACCCCGCCCACUUCUCUAUAUCGCACCCACUCUCUGGGAGCGCCUCCUCCGGGCCUCCCCACCUCACUGCGAGCAGAUCAGCUGCCCACUCAGCCGGUGUACUCGGCACCACGGCACAGCCACAAUGGAAGCGUGCCAGGCCUGGAGGCAGAGUCGGCCGAGUUCAUGUCCGGAGAGGAUGGGGAGGAGUGUGGUGCUCUGAGCGACAGCCUGUCACGGCUGCGCAGCCCGUCGGUGAUGGAGGUCCGAGAGAAAGGAUAUGAGAGGCUGAAGGAGGAGCUCGCCAAGGCUCAGAGGGAGCUGCUGUUGAAGGAUGAGGAGUGUGAGAGGUUGUCUAAAGUCAGGGAUCAGCUCGGCCAGGAGCUGGAGGAGCUCACCGCCAGUCUCUUCCAGGAGGCUCACAAAAUGGUGAGAGAAGCAAACGUCAAACAGGCAAAUGCUGAAAAACAGCUGAAAGAAGCUCUGGGCAAGAUCGACGUCCUCCAGGCAGAGGUUCAGGCUCUGAAGACUCUCGUGCUCUCCUCCCCGACCUCCCCGGUGGGUGAGCUUCCCUCUGUGGGAACAGGAGGAGGCGUGAAGACUCCCUUCAGGAAGGGCCACAGCAGGAACAAGAGCACCUCCUCCGCCAUGCUGGGGACGCAGCCCGACCCGUCGGCCACGCAGCCCAUUGUACGCGAGUGUCGGGAGGUGGACGGUCAGCUGUUCAGCGAGUUCAAGGCAUGGAAGGAGGAGCCGACGUUCGACCGAAGCUGCAGCUUUCUGGAGAGAAUUUACCGUGAGGACAUCUACCCCUGCUUGACCUUCAACAAGAGCGAGCUGGGUUCGGCCAUCUUAGAGGCCGUGGAGCAGAACACACUGAGUGUGGAACCGGUCGGCUUCCAGCCGCUGCCUGUGGUCAAAGCAUCGGCGGUGGAGUGUGGAGGACCAAAUGGGCGCAGGUCUGAGCUCGUCACAAAAUGUGCCCUGAGCGGUCAGACCAAAACCUGCAAGCACAGAAUCAAGUUUGGAGAUUCGUCCAGCUAUUACUACGUGUCUCCCUACUGUAGAUACAGAAUCACGGCGGUGUGCAACUUCUUCACCUAUAUCCGCUACAUCCACCAAGGGCUGGUCAAACAGCAGGACGCAGAACAGAUGUUCUGGGAGGUGAUGCAGCUCCGCAGGGAAAUGUCCCUCGCCAAGCUUGGCUACUACAAAGACCAGCUGUGACCGGGGCCGUCCUCCACUCACAGCAGAGUCUGAGCUGAAGCCCCGCCCCACCCUGGCUCUUGCCCCUCCCCCUUAUUUUGUGUGAGUGUUUUUUGUGUGAGAGAGAAACUGUUUUCAAUCAUCACAAAAAAAGACUGAAGACUGUGAUUUUGGUGCCGGUGGUCAUUACUGAUCUGGACUUCUUUGGGUUCUGAAACAUGCAACACUCCAGUGUGUCAGAAAACUGACAUGUUUCUAAAAAAAUAACACUACAGACUGUUUGGUCAUCAGUUACAUGUGAUCUCUGGAGAGAUGCAUGUGGGUUUUGAAGCCUCAAAGCGAGAAAAAUAUCAAAAAUAGGUGUUAGAAAUAUGAGAAUAUCUGAUAAAAGUCAUAUUUCAAGGGUGAAGUUGAACCGUAGAAUAAAGUCAUUGUUUUAAGAGGAAGAACGUUGUAAACAGAAUCACAGAAACUGUGGAAAAAUAACCCCUUUUGUUUCCUGUUGUGGAGACGUCUGUGGCACCUAAAGUGGACGUUCGAGGAACUGCAGGUUGUGCUGCGCUUCCAGGUUCGCUUCAUUUUCCUGCUAGUUAACAGGACACAUCUUCCUUUUUCUUUAGGAUGAUUUUUCAAAAUAAACCGCCAUUCAUAACAGAAACCGUCA